AUGUAUACAUCUCCCCGCUCUCCAUUCGGGUCUCAGAACCCCAAGGUCCCGAUAUAUCUCGACACUCGCGACGAACAUGGACCUCAACCGCUCGGCCAAAUAUCUGAGCAUACCUGUCCUACCGGCGAAACUAGCUCGAGAGAACAGCCUAUUCACUGUAUCACCAAAUCAUUGCCUGCAGUUCCACUCUCCCGUCGCGAUGUCUCGCUAGCUACUCCUUCCUACCGCUCGGUUGUUCCGUCUCCUCUUCCCUCGAGGAACUUGCCAAUUCCCGGUCUUAGUCUGCAAACAUCACGCCUUGGAUCGCGGCCUCAGCGUCCUCGUCCUGUCCUUCGAUAUGAUGAAGAAGGGAGGCCACGCUUGCGAUUUCGUCGGUCAACUCUUUCUCCAGUUUCACCAAGCACAACCAUAAGCGACAGCAAAGUGGGGCUUGGCAUUCCAGACGCACCCUUCCACCCCGAUCCCAGUCCGAUACGGUCCCCAGAGAGUGAGAAACUCGCCAAGGCAGAGAAGGGCGCUUUUACAAAAGCAUCACCCAGCAUUGCUGAGCGUAUCGAGCAGAAACUUUGGAAAUACAGCGCUUCUGGCAACAUUGCAAAACGCUGGCUUUUAGAAAUUAUUAGCUGGUUGCUAAGCGCAUCGUGCAUGGCGGCUAUUAUCAUCGUACUUUUCGUUCUUAAAAACAAGCCGGUACCGAACUGGCCUUUGGGCUUGACACUAAACGCCUACAUUACGGUUCUCUCUAGGGUUGCCUGUGCCGCCCUUCUCCUCCCAGCUUCGGAGGCUCUUGGUCAGUUAAAAUGGAGCUGGUUUCAGGGUGAUUCAAAGAAGAUGUGGGAUUUCGAAAUUUUCGACAACGCGUCUCGAGGCCCCUGGGGAUCAUUCUUGCUUCUCGUCCGCACAAAAGGCAAGAGUCUAGCUGCGAUUGGUGCAGCCGUUACAAUCUUUGCGAUGGCGCUUGAUCCGUUCUUCCAGCAAGUCGUCCACUACGGAAAGCGCUGGGAGCUCCAAAAAUUGCCCAGCUCCAUUCCGAGGGUUACACGCUAUGAUCCUUUCUUAGCCCGAGAGAUGAGAUUUCAGGAUAACGCAACGGUCAUAAACCCCGAUCAGGAUAUGAAAGCAAUCGCCGACAAAUUCUUCUUUGGUUACGGAGUUCCAGAAAUACCAUUUGGCAAUGGAACACGUGCUGAGAUACCGCUAUCCUGCCCAUCCAGCAACUGUACAUGGGAACCCUACGAGACGCUUGGCGUCUGCAGCAAAUGUGAGGAUGUAGCCGAUAUGCUAGAGUUCGGUUGCCUUUCCACGCGGCUGGACUGGAUCCGAAGCGCCAAUUCGUAUGACCCCUACGAAAAUGGGACCAUGUGCGGGUGGUUCUUCAAUGCAACCGGCGACAAACCGGUGCUCAUGUCAGGUUACCAAGUAGAUCCCGACACGAACCAAUCUUCUGGCGAAAUCCUUACGACGCGUGCUCUGCCACUCAUUACCAACAUCAAGAGAACACCCUUGUUCGGCGGCUCUAUCAACUUCAAGGACGUCCGAAACCCGAUCGCAAAUUUUGUGGUAGUUACGCCUCCGGUUGGACCGGACACUAAAAGCAUGCUGGACAGUAUCUUCAAACACGAGAAGCCAAAAGCGACCGAGUGCAUGCUGUCAUGGUGCGUCAAGACAAUCCAGUCCUCGUACCAUCUGGGCACAUACAACGAAUCCGUCAUACGCCGCUUCAUCAACACGACCGCGGGCCCGUCCCCAUGGGUCGAAGUCCCAGCCAAGCGACAAGACAUUCCGGGCGCCACAGAGGAAUUGUAUGUGCAAAAUAUCACCGUCGAUCCGCGCGCUGUCGACGGUCGUGGCAAUACAUCGGGAUAUGGAGCUUCGAACGACACGGCCUUCAACAUCAUCAAUAUUUUUGAUGAUUAUCUGCCUGCAAUGGCGACAACUGUCAACAACCAGACUGAGAUAUUUGUGAAGUACAAGACUUAUGAGACAGAUCCUUUUCUACGAGAAUACUCCGCACAACCAUUUUCGGCAUCAAGGGACGUGGGAAAUCACAUAGAACGGCUGGCAACAACCAUGACAAAUCUGAUGCGCACGUCGAGCAAGGAGAACGCUACGGGCCAAGCUUUCAGCGAAGAAACUUUUGUCCAAGUCCGUUGGGGCUGGCUGUCUCUGCCUGUCGGCCUACUCCUACUGACAUUUAUCUUUCUUCUGGCCACUGUUAUACGGUCAUGGUUGGAAAAGGACCAGGUGGGGAUUUGGAAAACUUCAGCCGUCGCAAUACUGCUUUACGGCCUACCCGAUGAAAUACAGAAGAAUAUCAUGGCCUCCCAGGGAGAUGGUAGCCACGGUACACCACGAUUCAAAGCAAAGCAGCUGAAAGUCAAGAUGCUACCCAAGCAAGGCUGGCGAGUUUCAGGGAACACAGCUACGCCAAAGCCAAAAUUCGAACCCCCUCCUGGCUGGAUAUGA